AUUCCGUUCGGACCGCCGGGCGACGUGGGUGACCCUGGGCCCAGCAUCCAAGGUCAGCCCGGAUACCCAGGGUCAAAGGGCGAGAAAGGGGAGCGAGGACCUUCCAUGCCAGGGAUCGACGGGCGUCCAGGGCCAGCGGGAGUGCCAGGGGAGGACGGGGUCAAGGGAGUCCCUGGCACCCUGGGAGACCUGCUAAUAAGCAUUCAUGUUGCAGACGCCUUCCCCUCAGACUGCCCGAGCAUUCCCAAUUCCCAGCCUCAUUCCCGAUCCUCACUGCCCCCCCAGGGAGAAAAGGGAACCAGGGGCUUCGACGGACCUCCCGGUGCCCCUGGUCCUCCCGGCCCCCCAGGUUCUCUCGGCUCGUCUGGCGGUGACGGAGACCUCGGUCCACGGGGCGAGCCUGGCGUUGGCGGCCCAGGGGUCAGAGGCUCACCCGGGGACACAGGGAGAAGUGGCUCCCCGGGGGCACCUGGCCCUCAGGGGGAGCCGGGCUCUACGGGGUCACCUGGGAGGGACGGAGUGGGGUUCAAGGGGGUCAAGGGCGCACCUGGCGACGAGGGGGCCACAGGGGUAAGGGGAAACCCCGGGCGGCCAGGUCCUGACGGAGGCGUUGGGUACAAGGGAGAAGAAGGAGACAGAGGUACAAGUGGGUAUCCUGCUCUCGACGGCAGACCAGGGGUGGAGGUGAGGUUUCCGUCUGUUUGUCUGUCAGCUGGUGUCUUAUCCAAUGAGGGGAAGAGGACAGAGGACGAAGGAAGGUCCACGCGCAGGGGUUGCAGGCGAAAGAGCGGACUAUACCGGGACAUGGGGCAACUUCCAGGUUCCUCCAACGCCGUCGCAGGUGGUCAGGGGCGGCCGGGAGACAGGGCGCCUAAGGGAGCCGACACGGGGCGAGGAGGAUAG